UUGUAGUGCGCAUGUAGUUUGGAUUCAGAGAGCCGUGCAGUUGACCCUUAUACACCUUGCAGCGCGGACUGCGCGAAAGCGGCAGCACCCAUCGCUCGCUUGCUUCUUUCCGCUCAUUCAUACUGAACAACAGAACAACGGCUCACAGCGGCCUGCCCGAACAACAGCAGCAGCUCCGCCCCGCCUGAGCCUCAUUACCACCCGCUGGAGCCGCUUCUUCGACAGACGCAUGUGUGGUGGCUAUAUGAAUAGCACUGCUCAUAAGCAUGCCCUCCUUUAGCUCUGCCACGGCAGCGGCAGCGGCCGCAGUCGCAACAACAGCAACCGACACGCCAACGACAACACCCUCUCCGCUGCUGGACAUCUACCUACCCCCGCACGAGGCGCAGCGACAACGGCACGCACAAGUGCAAGAACAAGUACACCAGCAGCAGCAAGCUCGCACCGGCCCAAAUCCCAUAAUUCUAACCCAUACGGCAUCCACUUCACGACCCGCCUCGAUGACCGUGCAAGUCGCAAACCUGCAUCGAGCAGCCGAAGUCGCUUUCUACGAAUGGCGCACCAGCCGCGAUGCUCUUGCAGCUGCCACCCAUUCAUCUUCAUCGUCGUCUUUUUAUUCAAGAGGCGCUGGUGACGCUCAGCAAGAAGGACCAUCAUCUCUACCUUCAGCAAGCAGCGACUGGAUUCCAACCGGGCGCGCAGAGACUGACCACCAAGCCUGGCACCGUCUGCUCGCGGACCUGGCCUUCGGCGCAGGCGUGCGACACCGUGAGAAUCGCGCAGCAGCCAUAUCUCCUCCUUCUCCUGCCACGAGAAUCACUUCUUCUGGCUCUGGCGUGGCGUCAGCGUCCGAUAGCGAAGAGGAGGCAGGUGACGGCCUCCGCGGCACGUUGCUCGGCAGGGGCAUCGCAGCCAGCAUGCUCUCCUUCUCCGCCGCGUACCCGGAACAGAUCUCGCUGCUCGAGGUAGUACGUUCCGGCUCCGGUCCGAUCGGGCCCAGCCCUGUGACUGCGCAGCCGAGGCUGCUCUCACACUCACUCUGGUCGAGGCGUUAUCCCGGCCCCGCUGGCGAGUGGCUCCGCGCCGAGCUUGGCAGGCGCGCCGCUCCGUCCACUUCCGUUUCCUCGUCAUCAUCUCUACAAGUGGGCGAAGCACGAACAGCAGCAUCAGCACAAGCAGCGGAAGCAACAGGCGUUAGGCGUCAAGGUGCUGGCGCGGGUCCGGGCUCUGCAGGAUCUGCUACACAGCGCCAGCGCACGCACACGCGCACCCUCGCUUUCGCCGUGCGUGACCCGGCCUCACGCACCGCUUUGGCCGCAGAUUUGGGCCCCGAGUCGACUCGACAACAGGCAGCGGCAGCUGGAGAGGAGGAAGAGCAGACUGCGCAGCAACAGCAGCAGGCGCCUGCGAGCGUGCUAGCGUCCGAAGCGGCGUCGAACGCAUUCUGGAUCUCGGUGUCAUCCGUCGUGCGGCAGCCGGCGACGGCGCGCUCGAUGAUGCAAAAUCGCAUCGCGUUGGCCGCCGCAGUGGACGCCAGGGUGAUGCGCCGCGCGGCACGCGCGCGGCUUCGCGAUAGCGAGCCCGACGGUGCUGGCGAUGGCGACGAAGCAGAGGCCAACCGGACGCUACGCAGCGGUGCGCCAUCUCCCGUUCAGAGCGAGACAGCUGCCAUGACGGCUACCGUCCGAGCAGGAAGCGCGAGCGCACCGUCGGCCGCUGCUCCCACUGUUGCUUCUCUUGCUCGGGCUCCACCUCAGGGCCACGCUCAGACCCUGGCGCCGUGGAGGAUACCGCAGCUCGCUCGCCGAUCAGCGUUGCCGCCGGGACUGUUCGGGCCCGAUGGAGUCCGAGCGCCGUUUUCGACGUCUGGUUCGGUCGGCGGCGCCUCAGGCGGCGGCACAGCUCUGUCAGCAUCGUCGCGACGGCCGCUGCGAGCGCAUGAUGAUCCCGAAGGAGAGUUGGCAGACCUCAUGCGCGCGCUGUCGGAUGUGCAUCUGCGAGACAGAGACGCGGGAGCGAGCGAAGAAGGAGAGGGGCAACCACCUUCUGCAUUGUCGUCGCAGCAGGCUUCAUCGUAUGAGUGGAGCGACACGCAUGAGGGUAACGACGAUGAUGACGACAUAUUCGAUCCGGACGGCGACAACCUGCCCGGCUUCAUGCCGAGUGCCGUUGCAGGGUGGCACGGAGACCUUCCUACGAUCACCCUGCAUCGCAGACUCCGCGUCUCGCGGGCCCAGCGCCGCUCUGCGGCUGCUGCUGUAUCGUCGACGACAAGCCGCAGGCAGGCGCUGGAUCAGCCGUCGGUGCCUUCUGGAUUGCUGCAAUCUGUGCAGAGGCAGAGAAACCGCUCAGCGCUCGUCAUCGCUGAUGCGGAGGAUUCCAGCGGCGGCUGGACUCUGUUGCAAGCACCGCCCUUGGCCGACCUCAGCGUUGGCAAUGGAGAAGCGCCACUGUUGUCAGCACCCCCGCCGCUGCCUUUGCCUAGUCCGCCCCCAUGGCUGUCCGCCGGCCUGGGGCCGAUGGAGCAUGCCACGCCCGCAGACGACGGCGCAGAGCGCGUGUCAAUGCUGCAGAUGGGGCACGCCGAUGAUCCGCGCGAGACGCGCCGUCCGCGCCGUUUGCCGUCCGUGACGCACGAGGUGGACAGCGCCAUGCGCUCCGUCCCGCUUGCACGCCCCCAGGAACUGAGUCCAGGCUGGGCUGAAGCGCUCUCGGCGGUGCGUGUGCGCUUGCCCGAUGCUACGCGGGAGGAAGUUCGCCAGCUAGAAGUGACCGCGAGAGAGGCAAGCGUGAGCGACAUCCCAGCGUCUUGGGAAGCUCUCGGCACCGCGCGCGAGAGCAUCGUCUCGCUGCACCAGCGCGUCGUGCAGGCGUUCGAGCGCGCGCGCCUCGUGCAAGCCAGCGAAGCGGACCGGUACGCCGAGGUCAAUGGACUGCUCUUAUGGCUGCAGGACGAGCUAGAACUUGUGGUCGAUUCGUCGAGGAAUCUGGUCACGAGCGGCACACGGGCGCACAGCGAUCUGAUGGACUCGAUGCAGUCGGCGCGCGCACAGAUUGUCGAGAUCAGAGCUAGCUUGCUCGCGCUGACUUACGCACAGGUGUCCGCCGCAUCGGCUCCAACCACAGCUCCGGCUCCGGCCCUGCCAAAUGACGAGCCGUCGCCGAGUGCGCAAGCGGAGGGGCCUUCCCCUCCCUCAGAGAAUCCAGAGGAGCCUCAGCGUCCUCGAGAGAUGGCCCAGGCGCACUUUUUUUCGCAGAUCCUCUCGGACAGCUUCUUCAGCGGCAGCGAAGCCGAGCGCGACUUUUUGCAGCGCGAAGCAGGCGCGCAAGCGGAUGCAUCUGUCAGUCUAGAGACUCUUCAAAACGAUACGGAGCAAGUCUGUACGCAGGAGCCGGAGGCACAGAUGGAGCCAGCAGCGAUGGCUGAGGGGGAACUGGUAGGGCAGACAACGUUGGCAGAACUAGACUUGAAGUCUGUGGCUGACGGAAAAACAGUCAAUCCGGAUAUCGAGGAGGCAUGUCUGCGCUUGCUGAGCGCAGAAGACAGGGACUCGUUCGGAGCCAGUGUGGCGCAGCUCGCAGCUCGCGUCGACAUGCUGGCGCUCGACAUGGUGAAAGCGCAGCGCAAGAAGCGCUCCGAAUUCUGGCGCUCGGGCGAUGCUUCUUGGGUGCGAGAGUCAACUGCGGAAGGUCAGGAUAACCCUGCCAUGUCCUCGCCUACCAGCACUGGUGACCUACAAUUGCAGGUUGUCACGCGCGUGCACGGGCGCUCGCUGGACCACAACUGUUUGGUUGAAACGUCCGCGACUGCCCGAACGUUCCGCGCGUCCGCGUUUAUGCCAUUCAGUUUCCGUGUGGUGGGGCUGUACAAUGGUGAUGCCGAGCUGCCGAUCGUCAAAAAACUGGUCGAAGCGAGGCAAGCCAGAGGCGAGCUGUCACCAGCGGAGAAUGUCACGCUAACCCGGCUCAUCAGUGUUGCAUCGGGCUCCUCGUCUCGGUCGGAGAGGCUCAAUGCUCUCUCCCAGCUCAGCCGAGAGGACAUUAGCGUGCUCCGCGAUCUGGCGAGGCGGCGCAUGCAGGCCCUGCGAGCAGAGGAGGAAGUGAUCCAGCAGCAGAUCCGCAAUGCAGAGCAGCUGUUGCGCCUUCGGCAGUCCGGUGUAGCAGCGCCCACGCGCGCAUCGACGGUACGUAUCGCCGAGCUGCUCCAGGACAUGCCGUUCCCGGCCGGUGGCGUGCCGUACAGCGAGGCGGAGAAGGCGUGGCUGCAAGAGCUGCACACCGAGCUCGGCGACGCAGUUGACGGCAACCUGGCAAAGGCAAGGCCAGGCAAGCUGCUGUACUCGCGCAAGACGUCCAUCGAGCAAGCGCUCGAGCGUGCCUCAUGCACAGGCGCCAGGGGAGCGGAUGCGGUUGUCAGCCUGUCGACGCUGUUCCUCAUCCGCUCCGCCGAGAAGCGCAGUGCGGUGGACAUUGCCGUGUUCGCGACCGAGGACGAAGCUGCAGCGGCGACGCUCGCGCAAGAAUUUGCGGGCGUGGACGCGGACGAGAUUGUCUCGCUGAGCAAGCAGCUUGGAUUCUUUUCGCGGCCUGGCUUUGCGGAAAGGCUACGCGUGGGGGCGGAGGCGCAGGAGGUCCUAGAACAAACAGGCUUUGGUGACCCCUUUGCCGUCGAGCGCAUCGAGCGUGCUGCUCGUAGAUGGACGCGCGCCGUGCCUCGCGUGCUCCCGAUCGCGCUGGUGCGGUUCAAAGCGGGCGACUUUACCGCAGGCGUCGGCUGGCACGGUGCGAACCAGAUGAACAUGACAGGCAAGGUGCUGACAUUUAUGGUCAUCGGCGAGGGGCAGGAGGUGGAUCUUAAGAGUAUCAACUGUGCGGGGACGUGGGGCCGCAAGUCGUUUGCGCACUGCGACCUGUACUCGUAG